UGGGGACCCCUCAAGCACGAUAUUCAUUCCGAAAAAAGUCGAAACAUGUUUCGCAAAUCAGUUUUAUUUUGCCUCACCUUGAUCCUGCUUCAAGUGGCAGACCUGACAUUCGGAUUAAAUUACAUUUUUGUGCCUGAGACGGAUGAAUUGUUUAGUAAGUGCGAGGAAAGACCAGAAUACGGCUACAUGGACAUCCUGGCGGAUCUUUCGGCCCUCAGCCGAAUAGGGAGUAAUGGUGGAACAAAUAUAUCGGGGAACAUAACCAUGAAAUGGGACGUCCAGCCAUUAGAUCGUGUUGCGGUCGAAGUUGGAAUAUUAAAGUUUGAGAAAGGCGCUUGGAAGCCAACAAUUUUAAAAGGUUCUGAUAGAGACUUCUGCAAAUCCUUCUACGACAAGAACACUAUCUAUUAUCCUUAUUCGACUGAACACGUGGUCAACAAAGAGCAAGUAAAGGAUAAAUGCAUUAACAUCCCAGGAACAGUUCUAGUGGUGGAACCCUUUUAUCAAAAAAUUGUGCUGAGUUACGCCCUGCCUCUAAGUCCGGGGCUCCACAAGGCCUAUGUCAUUUUUUCUGCCUUCGACAAAGCUGGAGUAAAACGUCCUAAUGAAGUGUGCUUGCAAAUCGUUGGCAACAUUGUAAAUGAAUGAUGAUAAAAUUUCAGAAAAUAAUUCAUUUGGUAAUUAUUUGUA